CAGCGGAGUCCCGCUCCUUCACACCGACACCGAGCGGCGCUUCGCUCACUCCAGCAGGUCCCGGAAGAUGGUCUGAAACUCCACAGGGGCGUUUCAUUAUUAUUAUUUUAUUUUUAUUUGCCCCUUUGCCCCGUGAAGAGCCCGAUCAGAGAGCCACGAUGCUGACCAGGCUGUUCAGCGACCCCUCGCUGCUUCCCGACGUGCAGAAAUACUCGAGCUGGGCCGAGGACAGCGACGAGGACGGGCCCAAGAUCAAGGACGAGGAUCAGGACGCGCACGACGACAUGGAGGCCGCCGACCUGCGGGGCGGCAGCCGCACGCACUCCGAGCACGCCGGGGAAGACGACGACGACGACGAGGCGGAGGAGGACGACGACGGGGAGGACACCGGGGGGGACAGGCCCAAAAAGAGGGGCCCCAAAAAGCGCAAAAUGACCCAGGCGCGGAUCGAGCGCUCCAAGAUGCGGCGGGUUAAGGCCAACGCCCGGGAGCGGACGCGCAUGCACGACCUGAACUCUGCGCUCGACAAUCUGCGUAAAGUGGUGCCUUGCUACUCCAAGACGCAAAAACUGUCCAAAAUCGAGACGCUGCGGCUGGCUAAGAACUACAUCUGGGCGCUGUCGGAGAUCCUGCGCUCCGGGAAGAGGCCGGACCUGGUGUGCUACGUGCAGACGCUGUGUAAAGGCCUGUCCCAGCCCACCACCAACCUGGUGGCGGGCUGCCUGCAGCUCAACUCCCGCAACUUCCUGACGGAGCAGCAGUGCCAGGAGGGGGGCAGGUACGGCUCCGGCUCCUUCUCCAUGCAUUCCUACCCGUACCAGUGCGCGCGCCUGUCCAGCCCACACUGCCAGCCGGGCUCGAACUCGCACCCGCUGAGGACGCACGGCUACUGCUCGGCUUACGACUCACUGUACGGCGGGAGCGGAUCCCCGGAGUACAACAGCCCCGAGUACGAGGGGCCCCUCAGUCCGCCACUGUGCGUCAACGGCAACUUUUCCCUCAAGCACCAAGGCUCCGCGUCCCCGGACGCCGAGAAGGGGUACCACUACUCUAUGCAUUACUCCGGCCUGCCUGGCUCCAGGUCCGCCGGGGCCCACAACCUCGUGUUCGGCUCCUCGGGCUCCCGGAGCGGCAUUCACUCGGAAAACGUCCUGCCUUACCACGACAUGCACUUACACCACGAGCGGGCCCCCGUGUACGACGAACUGAACGCUUUUUUCCACAACUGAACGCCUCCGUCGUGCGCCCCCCCCCCCCCACCCCUUUGCAAUCAACAAUCUAUCCACGGCACAC